AGGCUGCACACGCAUGCGCGUCGAUACGUUUUUAAAGGUACCUCACAGAACUAAACGGAUGGGCAACAUUUAAGAGAAAAACACAUAACCUGUAACCUCGGACAAAUCACCUUCACUGUCCGGUGGACAUGCAGCAGCUCAUCAUUCCUAUCAAACCAUCUGCAUGAUUCAUGAGAUGUUUUCUCGUUUGGUUUUACUCAUCAGGUUGAAGCUGCCAUGAGCUUUUAAAACAAAAGGCCCUGACGAAACGACGAACGAUAUGCCCUAGAGUUGGAAUAGCCAACACUACGCAACAGAAGAGGGACAAACAUCUUCCCUUCUCCUGUAUUUGCAUGGGAACUUGCAAACUGCUCUCUCGAUAUAUGCAAAUAGGCGUCAACAGCGAACUAAGAGAGUUUCUGCAAGCGUAAAAACCUUGACCUCGUCAUUAUUCUCCGCCUUGAAGUUCAUUGAAAAGCGACAUUGUUUCUUUAAGAUUUCACUUGCAGUCAUCAGCGGGUCUGUCCAUUGUUGGGGGAACAGAAAGCGAGUUGAGAUUGAUAUACGGGGGCCGAAGACAAGUUGCGCAUAUCAUCAGCAGAGCAGCUGCAGCGCGGGCAGCAGUAGCCAACAAGUCCUUCACGCGUCCGUCCAGACAUGGGUUGCUAUGACUGCUGUAUGCGCUGUUUGGGUGGGGUGCCGUACUGCUCCCUGGUCGCCACACUGCUGUGUUUCUCUGGCAUUGCCCUCUUCUGCGGUUGUGGGCACCAGGCUCUCACAGAGACGGAGAGACUCAUCGAGACUUACUUUGCCCGUAACCUUCAGGACUACAUCACCCUUGCCUACAUCAUUCAAUAUUUCCAGUAUGUCAUCUAUGGUUUGGCUUCCUUCUUCUUCCUCUACUGCAUUGUGCUGUUGGCUGAGGGCUUCUAUACCACAAGCGCUGCCAAGCAAACCUUCGGAGAGUUCAGGAGCACCAUGUGUGGCCGUUGCCUCAGCUCCUCGUUUAUAGUGAUGACAUAUGUACUAGCUGUGCUGUGGAUGUUGGUGUUUGCCUUCUCGGCUUUGCCUGUCUACUUCUUCUACAACAUGGAUGCCACCUGCCACACUAUUGACGUUCUGACUGAGACCCCAGCGAGUAUCAACCAGCUCUGUGUUGAUGCACGGCAAUACGGGCUCCUGCCAUGGAAUGCAGUGCCAGGGAAAGCUUGUGGUGUAACUCUGUCCAAUGUUUGCAAGACCCGAGAGUACCGAAUGACCUAUGACCUCUACAUUGCUGCCUUUGCCGGUGCAGGCAUCACACUCUUGGCUCUGCUGACCUACACUGUGUCAACCACCUAUAACUUUGCGGUUCUGCGGUAUCUGGGGAGAAAGGGCAUAGGCGCACGGUGUUAAGCUCACCAGUUUCCUGUCUGCUGUAUGCCUACUUCACCAACAACAUGGGGACUAAAGGGAUGGCAACAACUCUGUCCUUCCACAUCAUCUGCACAGAACCACCUGUGGUCACAGACUCUUAAAAAUGUCAUCUUUUUAUUUCCACUUUUCUUGUUGAUAUUGAAGAUUGUUGUUUUGUUUUUUUCCUUUUUUAUGUGUGUAAAGUUUGCUGCUUUUACAUGCAGCAAAGACCUAUUUCAGUAUUUACAGUUCCAUGUCACCAAAAUAGUUGUAAAUUAUUGCUCUUGUUGCUCGCUGAGAUUAGUGUCUAAAAUUCAUUUCAGCUUCCUGUUGCACUCGCAAUACAAAUAACAAACCACUAAUAAAUUAACAUGUGUGAGAAUUUGCAACAUGUGCAACUAGAAUAUUCUAUUACAGAGAAUAGGGAUUAUAUGUUACCAUGGUUACCAUCCCUUACAUCUGGUUGCUACGGUGGCAGACAAGUAUGCAUUUGCACUCUCAUGCUGACCUCAAGACUUUUCUCACGGGCUAGAGAAAAGCAUCAACAAUAGAGUCAUGCCCAUUUUAAAAACUAGCCAAUAGGAAGUCAGCUGUGUGGGCCACCUGUGCUACGAGUCUCUGUCAAGGGUUAUACUUCAUGUCAAGGGAGGCAGUCCUCCAGACAAAGAGAGGGUUAGACUUCUCUGGAGCCUCAAUACAACUCUUCUAGGACAGCAACCACACACACACACCCUCCACAUGCUGCUGCAUGACCCCCACCCACCUCCAUCAGGGGACUGAAGGAAUUUUAGAUUAUUUUAAUAGUCUUUUUCUGACAAAGAGACAUACUUGUUUUGCUCUGAUCUACAAAGAUCUGAAAUUGUUACUCUCAUAAUUUUGAGAUGGGAAAAAGCACUAGGUGCUAACGUAUCGAGUGAGUGAUGUUUAUCCAACCUAAAACUCUUUGUUGAAGCGUGAGUUCCCGGCUGUCAGUGCAUGACUGAGGUACUUAUAGAGAAAGGACAGCUUUGUUUUGUCUUUGUAGUUAUUAUAUAACACUGCUUUCUGUUUACUGUAGCUGAAUUUAUUACUACUUCUACACUUUGGGUAUUACUAACAAAACCUUUUGCGACAUAAUAAGUAGAUUAUUUUGUUUGUUGAAGCUUUACCCAGCUGUGAGUGGUGGAUUUGUCCAGCAGCCGCUGGUUAUUUGAUGAUUUUUUUUUUUUUUCAUGUUGGUAAAAUUUGAUAAUAAAAACAAUAUUCUUUGA